AUGGCUGCUCAGGCUAGUGAGAACCUGCAGAAGCUUGACCUGAACGGUCAGAGCGCCGACGCAAAGGCCGACGCUCCUGCCGCCGGUCAAGCCGAAGCCGGAGAGGCGGACGAUGAUUCCGACGACGAUGCUGAUGACGGAAACCCUGCUGCCGAAGGCGCUGCCAACGGAGCUGCCAAGAAAAAGAAGAAGCGCAAGAGCAAGAAGAAGAAGAAGGGCGGCGCCAAGGUCCAGAGCUCGCCUCCGCGAGUCCCCGUCGCCAACCUAUUCCCUAACAACCAAUUCCCCGAGGGCGAGAUUGUCGAGUACAAGAACGAAAAUUCUUACCGAACCACCAACGAGGAGAAGCGCUACCUCGACCGCAUGAACAAUGAUUUCCUGCAGGAAUACCGCCAGGGAGCCGAGGUGCACCGUCAGGUCCGCCAGUAUGCGCAGAAGAACAUCAGGCCGGGCCAGACUCUGACGGAGAUUGCGGAGGGCAUCGAGGACUCCGUGCGUGCUUUGACCGGCCACCAGGGUCUUGAGGAAGGCGACAACCUCAAGGGUGGUAUGGGAUUCCCCUGUGGUCUGAGCAUCAACCACUGUGCUGCCCACUACACCCCCAACGCCGGCAACAAGAUGGUGUUGCAGCAGGGUGAUGUGAUGAAGGUUGACUUCGGCGCCCAGCUGAACGGCCGGAUUGUCGACAGUGCUUUUACCGUGGCCUUUGAUCCGGUGUACGAUCCCCUUUUGGCAGCCGUCAAGGAUGCCACAAACACUGGAAUUCGCGAGGCCGGCAUUGACGUCCGUAUGAGCGAUAUUGGUGCUGCCAUCCAGGAGGCCAUGGAGAGCUACGAGGUGGAACUCAACGGCACCAUGCAUCCUGUGAAAUGCAUCAAGAACCUCAACGGUCAUAACAUUGACCAGCACGUUAUUCACGGUGGCAAGAGCGUUCCUAUCGUGAAGGGUGGAGACCAGACCAAGAUGGAGGAAGGCGAGGUGUUUGCCAUCGAAACCUUCGGUAGUACCGGAAAGGGCUACGUGAGAGAAGAUAUGGAAACCUCUCACUAUGCUUUGGAUCCCAACGCGCAACCCGUUCCGCUGCGUCUGUCCUCGGCGAAGAAUCUGUUGAAUGUGAUCAACAAGAACUUCGGCACUUUGCCCUUCUGCCGCCGGUAUCUUGACCGACUGGGCCAGGACAAGUACCUCCUCGGGUUGAACAACCUGGUGUCGUCUGGCAUUGUCCAGGACUACCCGCCCCUGUGUGAUGUCAAGGGCUCAUACACGGCCCAAUAUGAACAUACCAUUCUCCUGCGACCCAACGUUAAGGAAGUGAUCAGUCGUGGAGACGAUUACUGA